CCCAGCAAGCAAAUAAACCAACCGACCAACCCACAAACUGACAGGGCUAGGCUGCCCCCCCCACCCCUCUUCAAUUCAGACUGGAAAGGACUGUGGUUCUGGCCGGGGGAGGUUCUGGAAAUUUUCGAGUUUAUCCCUCGGGGUAAACGAAGCAGAGGCUGUUUGGAACCAAUGGGAAUGAAGCAUCCACUCCCCUCGCUCUGUAAAUUUGAGUUCAGUUGGGUUGGGUGCCGCCACAGUGCAGUGCAGUCUCGCCGAGGGACUUUGGAUGGGCUCUGAGGAGUUCGAUGCUACACAAUAGGCCUAUUGUUUUGGUUUUAUUUUGGGAGGGUAUGUUUUCUUUUCAAACUUCUAUUUCAACUACUACGCAUUUCUUACAAGUCUCCACACUUUCUGGAGGUUUUUAUUAGGAGAGUGAAGGAGGGCGGUGCAGGAUGAAUGGAACUACUUCUGAGAAGGCGGCAUCGAGCCUGUCGUCUGAUCUCCACGCCACAGUGAGCUGUCACCCUGGCUCCAAUGAUUUCCCGACGCUGCCAAAGUCUUCUCCCAUGGACAUGGGGUUCUACAGCGGCCAGACGAUGCACAGCCACCACGGCUACUACCCCAGCCACGGCCAGUCCUACUCGCAACCAAUGAAACCAUACUCGUAUCAUCACCAUUACAAUCUCCAUGGGAUUGGGGUAUCGGGGGCCUACAUUGCAAAAUCGGAAUACCCUUAUCCCCAUAAGCAAUACGCUCAUUAUACCCGGGACAUACAGUCACAUCUCCAAGAUAUCGGGAAAGAGGAACCAGAACCUGAGGUGAGAAUGGUCAACGGAAAGCCUAGAAAAAUCAGAAAACCUCGCACCAUAUAUUCUAGUUACCAGCUCGCUGCGUUGCAACAUCGCUUUCAGGGAGCUCAGUAUUUGUCUCUUCCUGAGAGAGCCGAACUAGCUGCUCAUCUCGGCGUGACACAAACACAGGUCAAGAUCUGGUUCCAGAAUCGGCGUUCCAAAUUCAAGAAGCUGUACACAUACGGGGAAGUUCCACUGGACCAUAGCCCAGGAGCCAGUGACUCUAUGUCCUGCAAUUCACCCCCUUCCCUGGCCAUUUGGGACAGUAGUAUACCCACAGACCCUGCCACUAGAGAGCAGGCUCCCCAGCCCUCCCUCAGCUCCUCUCUAUGUUAUGUGGAGGACUACACUCAUCACUGGUAUCAACAGACCUCACAGUCACGUUCACAGCACUCAGGACUGGUUCUUCAGCACACAACACCACCAAAGAAUAUGGGGGCGGUGUACUAAUACAAAACGUAUCGGAACAAACUGUGGUCCAACAUGGCCGCUCAUUGGAAAUAAAGCCUAGAGGGCUGUGAUGGGAUUUGUGUGCAAAUACAGAGGGCUGAAGUUCACGGGCAAGUUGGGAAACAUGCACAAGGACUUAUUGUCUCUGUUGUUCCUUUUGGAUUCAAAACAGAGGAACUGUAUACAAAAAGAAUGGACAAAUCCAUGUUCUGUUUAGAUGGAUGUUUAGAGUGAUGAGUUGCUAAUAUUAUCAGUGGCUCAUUUCACUCUGUAGGAGAGAGAGAUUUGAUAUGAGAAUGGAUGGAAUAGCAGCCUAUUUGGUGGCACUUUCCUUUAUAGUGGCCCACUGUGGGACCACUGUGGGACCAUUAAAUGAACAUAUUCUUUGAUCUACAGCUAUUCAAAUAUAUACUGUCAGUGCAUUCAACACCCUUUGUUUCUUCACAAUAUGAAACACCCACAGAUACAUGGAAGUGAUGUGUACCAUUUUCAUACAUUCAUAAAUUAUACUUACCAUUUCUUGCAUUUAUAUAGAUGUAAUUAAGGCUCAAUUCACAUAUUGAGCCAUACAACAUUUUAUUACACAAUGGUUCAAAACAAAACAUCUCUUGGAAGUUGCAGAGAACUAUAGGAAAUAAAAAUGUGUAUUUGGUACUUUGCAUUUGCAAUAGAUUUUUGGUAAAAGCCAUAAACUCAGGAUGUUAUUUAUAAUGUAGCCUAUUUUAUACUCUAUUGAUAUGGUAAUAGAACUUCAAUGUGAGAACUUAAAACAUCUAAUUGUGACACUUUGGUGCCUGAGAAACACAUAUUUUAUAGUUAGUCUUUUGUGUGAAUAAUAAAGUUUUUGUUUUUAUUAAUUAUAUUUACACCAAUUGAAAUGAUGUAAUAUUUACACACACAUGCACACACACAGAUGUAAAUAACCCCUUGAGAUAACAUUCAAAUCUUGUUUCCAUAGACUUCUUUAUACAAAUUAUCCAAUGAAACGGUUGUAAGGACAAAAUGGAAUGGAAGAAAUUAUAUAUUAACAGUCCAGACCAAUAAAUAUAUAGGCGCUUAGAGUUUGAUCUCUAUUGAGAUGGAAUCACGUUAUAUAUAUUUUUAAAUGAUCACUUUGGUACUACUUUCACAAGUAUGUGGUGAAUAUUUUCAACUUUAGCACAAAAACACUUGCAACACAGCCAGUCUUACAUUCAAAACAUUUCAUAGUGCAUUCAUUUUGUUUGUAAACAUCUGUCACCGCACAACCAUAUAUCCAAAAUAUACGUUUACUGUGAUUAGUGAUUAGUACAUUGGUUUAAUCACAAAAACACAACAUAAUGAUACAUUCUCAAUUGAGUUAUUUUAACAACCAUUUAACCCAAUACCAAAACAUGUAAGAUACAUGAUUCAAAAUUGUCAUUUGAAUGUAGUAUGCUACAGUACUGUAAAUUACAGUACAUUACACUGUUUUACAUUAGGCUAUACACUUGCACUACCCAUGAAAAUUGACUGAACAUCACAUUUCCAUCAUUUCUAUCCCUUGUGUGAUCAUUGAAGACAUCUUUCACAAUGUAAUCAAAUGAAAGAAAUGAAAGAAACAAUCUUUAGCAGACACUAGUUUGCAUCAAGCCUGUCUUGAGCAUUUGGCCAUAGGUUUUGAUCGAAAUGGCAGUAAAUAUCCUCAUUAUUCAUGUACCUUGGGAAAAACCUUUCGGUCUAAAUUGGUCUGGAUUGGAAUCAUUGCAUGCCUCCUCUAUAGCCAGAAGGAGGGUGGUACGCUCAUGGGGAUGGCAAUUAUACGUCUUCCAUCUGUAUUGUAGUCAUGUAUUGUAAUUUGCAGUACUGUACUUAUGUAUUUGCAGAAGUCCUGUAUGUGGCUAAGUUUAUUAAAGCAUGGUACUAGCAACA